GCGGACGGGCUGCUCCGCUCCCGGGGCGGGGCGAGCCGGCCCGGCACAGACCAGUCGCGGCCGCGGCGCCGAUUGGGCCCGGCCGGCUCCCGUCCCCGCGGGGGUGUCUGGGAAGGAGAGAUCAUGGCGGCGGAGCCGAGCAAGACGGAGAUCCAGACUCUCUUCAAGCGGCUCCGGGCAGCGCCGGCCAACAAGUCGUGCUUCGACUGCGGCGCCAAGAACCCGAGCUGGGCCAGCAUCACCUACGGAGUCUUCCUGUGCAUCGACUGCUCCGGUGUCCACAGGUCCCUGGGCGUGCACCUCAGCUUCAUCAGGUCCACGGAGUUGGAUUCUAACUGGAACUGGUUCCAGCUGAGGUGUAUGCAAGUGGGCAGCAAUGCCAAUGCGACUGCUUUCUUCCGCCAGCAUGGCUGUACUACCACAGAUGCCAAUGCUAAAUAUAACAGCCGAGCUGCCCAGAUGUACAGGGAGAAGAUCCGGCAGCUGGCAAGUGCUGCCAUGGCCAAGUAUGGCACUGAUCUGCUUAUAGAUGGACUGAGCGGAGCCCCUGGGCACUCCCCUGACAAGAGUGAUGCUGAUUUCUUUACAGAGCACACACAGUCUUCCAGUACCUGGGAUGUAGCAGAUGCCAGCCAGAAUCUUGCACAGUCUUCCCCAGAGGUGGAAAAAGCAGCAAAGUCAUCAGAAGGCAGUGAAGUGUCAAAUGCCAGCCAAGGCCCAUCUAUUGACUUGUUGAGCACAUCUCCUAAAGCUCCUCUAGAACUUAAAUCCUCCCUCAUUGGAAAGAAGAAGCCAGGAGCUGCCAAGAAAGGGUUGGGAGCAAAAAAAGGUCUUGGAGCCCAGAAAGUAAGCAGCCAGAGCUUCAGUGAGAUUGAGCGACAAGCCCAGGUGGCAGAGCAGCUGAGGGAGCAGCAGGCAGUGGAGUCCAGGAAACAAGCCGAGGAGUCCAUAGUUGCCUCAAUGCGUCUGGCUUAUCAGGAACUGCAGCUUGAUCGGAAGAAGGAAGAGAAGAAGCUUCAGAAUCUUGAAGGGAAGAAACGUGAACAAGCAGAGAGGCUGGGCAUGGGCUUGGUGUCCAGAAGUCCUGUUUCACACUCGGUGAUGGCUGAGAUGCAAGUAAUUGAGCAGGAGACGCCGCUGGGAGCAAAGUCUUCCCGCUCUCAAUUGGACUUGUUUGAAGAUGGUGGAAGCUUCACAUGUGGACCCCCCAAGUACAAAUACAGUCCCUUCUCAUUUGAAGAUGCAUUUGGUUCACGAUGGGAAACAGACUCUUCAUGGGGUAUGGACAAAGAGGAGGAACCUGAGGUGACUGUUUCCAGUAUUCGGCCAGUUUCAGAGAGACCCACCAGUAGGCGGGAGACUGAGAACAGGCCAUCCAUUGUGGAAUCCAAUGAAGCUCGGCAGAAGUUUGCAGGGGCUAAAGCUAUCUCUUCAGAUAUGUUUUUUGGGCGGGAGGCAGAUGCUGAGUACGAAGCCAGAUCCCGACUGCAGCAGCUCUCAGGCAGCAGCGCCAUCAGCUCUGCAGACCUGUUUGGAGAGGCUGACAAUGUACACUCAGGUGGCGUGUCUAUUGGAAAUGUCCUGCCUGCAGCUGACAUUGCACAGUUCAAGCAAGGAGUGAAAUCCGUUGCUGGCAAGAUGGCUGUCCUAGCCAAUGGGGUGAUGAACUCCCUCCAGGAUCGUUAUGGCUCAUAUUGAUGACCCCAGGGACUGCAACUCAAAGGGAAGCAAGCAAGAGGCACUGAUGCCACCUUUGUCUGGAGUAAACUCCGCAGGACUGUCUUAUUAUCUGGGUUGGGUGGGGAGGGGAGAAGGUAACCGGAGGGAGUCAGGACAUGGCUGUUCCCAGGAUGCUUUCUGAAUAUCUCUGGAUUCCACUCUAUUAAAAUUCAAUGUGCCCUCAUACCCACUGCUAUCUACUAGCCAGUAGAGACAGGCCUUCUUACAAGGUUAACCUCACUGUUGUAAAAGAUAUGACAGGAACUCCUGGACUGCCCUCAUCAGUGCUCCUGUCCUUCUUGGCCCAUACCUUAACUCACCAAGUGACAGAGGAAAGGGGAAUGCUACUUUUCUGAACAUCACGUGAUAUGACUUUUUUGUUCUGCUCAGUGCUCCCAAUCCAUGGUGCUGUGGAGUCCUCUGUAUUUGCAGGGUCUGACUUUUGCCAUGAUAUGGUCCUUUUUACUGUCUUCUAAACCAGCAUAUAUAGAUGCAGAAGAAAAAAAACUUUUUAGCUUCUAACUACAUCAUCAGCAAGAAAGGCCCAGGUAAAGAAGUAAUUUACUGGAUCCCUGGUUAUUUUGUUGCCCAGGUUUGGAUGGAGGUCAAAGUACUGAGCCUCUGACAUCACCAUGAGAUGCAGCAGUGAGUGAGGACUGUCAUUUUAGUCCUGUUCAACUGCUUCUGACUCUGUUUUUAACAAGAGCAUGUUUUUCUCUUCCUUGGACUAUGGUGUUGAGGACUAGGUAGUAAGAAAAAGGGUGGGAAAGGGCUAGUUACACACUCUUAGUAAUACUAAGAGGAGAGGCUGAGGCUGUUCUGAAGCCUUUUCUGUGGGACUGGGCUUCACCUCUCCUGCUCAUUGAGGGGCUGUAGCAGCUGCUGGGAUGAGGAAGCGUUACUCAGCUGCUCUAUGCUGAUGUUUUGCCACCCAGGGCCACUGUGAUAGGGCAGGAGGGGGGUAAGGGUUGGUUCUUCCUGUGGCUUUGCCACAUGUGUCCCGGCACGAAGGGGCCAGAGCUCCAGGGAGUGACAGUGUUGCCACAGGGUGAGGGCAGGAGUUCACGGGCACCUGCAUGGCCACAAGUGCUGCCCCAGUGCUCAGUGAUGCUUCCCCCAGGCCAUGCCCCAGGCAGCACCUAGAGGAGGGGCCAGGGCAGCCCAGAAGACCCAGAUGCAGCAGAGGCCUGACACAGCGUGCUUUAUUGCCGGGCUGUCACAGCCACUCACCGAGCUGGGAACGAACACACAGAUCAUAAAUAAUAUAACUUAUAAUAAAUAAUUUCUCCCACUA